UGAGGAUCCCAGAGGGAGUGCCGCUUCGCUUCCCGACCAUCAUCCGCAUCCGAUGGUCGCUUUUGCCAGGAGCAGUUUUUGUCGGUGUGAAGCAUAGGCAUUCGAACGCUGUGGUAGAGCUCAGGACCUUAUCAUCUACUCAUGCACGAAAGCAUGUCAGACUGUACAAAUAAAACAGAGCUGAAAUGUUCACAAACAACAACUGAGAAGAUCGGAAUCGUGAAACCGGCACAGAUCUGAAACAGAAUUCGUGUGUUACAUGUAUGCAAGUAGAUGACAUUCAUUAUACGCCACCGAAGCAGUGAUAAGAACUGAUGACACAAAGGUUUCCAGCGCAGUAAAUAGUACCGAAAGGGAGUAACACAGAGUAACCGAAACAACUAACUGACAGUCGUUGAUUACUUCUUGAUUGGUUUGGCUCGUGACGGUACGGUACCUCACCUAUUUGCCGACGUCGUCGUCGUCGUCGUCGAGAGGGCAAGUGAAACGAAAAAUCGAUUGUGUGGCAGUGAGUUUCCACUGUGGCUGGCUCGGCAGAAAGCACAAUAGAAAGGAAAGAAAAUCCAUUACAUUUCUUUUUUUUUCGCUGGAAAGACCACCGGCAGACUGACUGGACUGGCUGGACCCAAAACGGUGCCGCCGAGUGUUUGGUGGAGGGUUUGGCGGUGAUUAAAAAAGUGCUGCUCAUGAUGUGCUCGGAUCGAUCGACGUGGUCUUCGGGAUUACGUGUGGUUGCUAGCUGUGCGUGCGAGUGAGAUAGCACAACCGAGUAUACAUGUAAGAAAGUGGAUGUUGUCUCGACGAUAUCGACACCGACGGUCGUAACAACAACUGAUGAGUAGCAAUUUUCGGUGCUCGAGCAUUGUGUUGUGAACAUCAUCAGUCGCAUUGGAAACGUAUUGUUGUGCGAUCGAUCGAUCUAUCAAUCCUCGAAUUCCGAACCGUGCGGAACAAGUCAACAUUAAAUUAGGCAUGUACUUUUGCUAGUUUAUAAUUGAAUGUAUCAGCCAGCAGAGAUGCUCUUUUAACUUCGUGGUAAAUGUGAUUGGUCUCACCACCGAUGGGUGGGAAUUUUACGGAAAAAAGUGAGCACUGUCUGUUAUACAAAUACGAAUACGAUUCAUUUUAACGUGUGCAGCUGUGAACGGAAAAAAGUGAAAAUCUUGAAACAAAUAUUGAAAUUAUCUGAAAUUAGUCGCAAACGGAAACUAAUUAAGCCGCCCUGGUUUAUGGUUGGUGAAGAAAAGGAAAAGUGGCGCCCACGGUUGUAGCGGUUGAUUGGGGUGCAAAAUUGCCUAGCCAUUGUUCGAUUUCGGUGUGCUUCUCGAGCUAAAUAGUAAAUGACAGCAGCCGAAGAGAUCCCAAGACGAGUGAAAGGAGAGGGAACCAAAUAGUAAUCAGCUAAUGUGGCUGGCGUGUAUGGGUCCAUAUCGGCGGUUCCGGCAACUCGGCAGUGUCAGUCGGAGCUGGAAAGAAAACAAAUUGUAACUGCUCUCGAAAUAGUGCAAAUCCGGUGGGAAUCGCGCGUGAAUGACAGCAGACUGUGAGUGAGGCUGUUGAACUCCGAGAUCCACAGGUGACGUGCGCGAAGUUUUCGUAGUGUAUAUUGAAGCGGAGGAGCUAGGCACCGAAGUAAUUGAAGGACCGGAAUUAAUAUAGAUGAAAAUAUGUCAAAGGACCUCACGCAGUCACGGAUACCACGCAUCGGCACCACCAGUAGCAGCAGAAUUCCCAUCCCCGGAUCCAUUCGACCGGCGCAGUUUCAGUCCAAGCUAGCAAAGCCCUCGUCGUAUCAUCCGCCGAGUGCCCCGUUCGCUACUCCAGCCCGAUUUUUGGGCCCUCAGCGGUCGACCGGCAUUACGAUCGCCCGUUCCUACUCCGGUGAUAAACUAUGCGGCGAAUCCGCGCCGUUUCCUGCUCUGGCAGCCUCAACACCGGCACCGUUUCGCGCCAGUUCUUUAAAUCUCUUCAAAAAAUUGGACCUGACAUCCACCGAGAACCUUAAUGAUACCAAACAAAUUGAUUUAUACCGAGCUGAAUCGACCAGCGACGUGGACGUCGAUAGUGAUGGACGAAUGUUGGUUGACGAAUCGUUGGAUUUGGUCGGAGCUGGCAGUACCGACAACCUGUUGUCAACGGAAACGUUUAGCGUAGGCGGAAUGCUCAAGCCACCGAACGAGACGGUUACGCUGAACUAUGACGGUAAUGUCACAUACGAGGUUAAACGUAGCGAGACGUUUGUUAAGUCCUCCCAGGAGUCACUGAAACUCGGCGGUAGUCGAGAAUCAUUGAACCAAACGAGUGGGGCAUCGUCGUCAUCCUUUCAGACGAGUAAAUCCGGAAGCGAUGUUUCGUUGCUGGAUAAGACACACACCUUGGACACGGAAAGUAAGAAACCGAAGGUAGCAUUAAGUUCGACGAUGGUUUACGACAAAUUGGUAAAUGUAACCCAAUGCAUUCCAAAUAUAACCCAGGAAUUGGAUAAGACUGCUGUAUUGCCGAAAGUCGAAAACAUUCUGAACAAUACACAUGUGCUCCAAAGUCCGGAGCAAUUGUUGACGAUGGAACCGGCCGCUCAGCGGCCCACUAGACUAACGUUUAACUUGAACGAAACUACCGAUUUGCUACACUUGUCUGACCCGUCACAGAUUCUUAACAAGACACAGGUAUUUUGCUCGACAAUGCAUUCGCCACUGGCAGUUACUACGAGUUCGAAUGCUUUAAACCUAACUAGAGAUAUUAAAGGAUCUAGCUUAGAAGAGAAUGUGCAUCUUUUAGAUUUGCCUUUCGAUGCCGAUCGUACCUUGACCGCUGCAGAACUUGAGCUGGAUGAUGAUCAAGCACGAGUGGUGUUAGAGGAUGCUGGAAUUCAAAAGAAGGGAAGUUUUGAUUUAAGCUUGGAAGAGCCGCUAUCGGUAGGAAAGGACGACAUCGCUGUGCGACCUCUGGAAGGUCGAAGUUCGAUUCCCGCGAAGCAGAGAUUCUCAUUUGGAUUGGAUCUCACCGAGUGUACGUUAGAUUGUUCCAUAGAACUUUGUGACUCUUCCCUGUCAUCAACCAAACCGCACAUUAAAUCACCUGUUUCAAACAGUUUAACAAAGCAGGGAUCUUUUGAAAUGGACGAAAGCUUAGGGAUAUUCACCCCCGAUCAGAUGAAGGAGUUUUUGGAUUCAACUACAACAAACACUCACAACACGAAAGACCUUGAGCUACAGCUGAGCGCGGGUUCUCACAAGCACGGAUUGCAUCACUGCAGAAUCGAUCAAACACCAUCACCCGAAGAACUCCCGCUAGAUCCGGUGGGCGUAAAGACCGACAUGUCAGACAUUAUGUUGCCAUCGGAAAUUUUACCACCCCCCGGUCCGAUACUGUAUCAAGAAAUAUCGCAAGCCGACUCCGAGUCUAAAACCGAUCAGAUGACGAAAUCGGCUAAUUCUAAAGUGUCGAAUAGCUUCAUAACGAGUAUAACCAGUAUCACGAGCUUGGACACGGGCUACCAGGGUGAUGGGGAAAUGUCACGACCGGCUAGCCGCGGUGCUGAUCACUCACCUUCGAACGGGCCGCGCAUCAAGAAUCAGGGUGCGGCAGCAUGGAAUGUGCAACCGGCUCCUCCGGUACCGCGACGGCAAGAUCCUAUGACGGACAGUGAUUUCUUCACCGAAAGCGAUGCCGAUGAUGUAUUCAACCGGGGCGAUCGAAGGGCGCAGAUUAUCGAUGGUCAACUGUACGGCCCCAUGAUGCAGGGAGCAAAUGUUUUCAUCAAUCAGCACCCGCAGAACGAUGAUUCGUGCAUGGAAUCGAGCGGCAUAUUCACCGAUGUAGAUAAUAGAGGGGAGGACGACCUGGUUCACAGGAGGCUUGAGAAUGACGACCGCGCCGAAAGGGAACCGAAUGAUUCUAACGAUGGUGGUGAAGGUCGCCAGGUUGGUGAGAGCGAUAUGAGUCCGGAUGCUUCUACCGAUACUCUCAGUAGUAGCAACACCGCAUGCAGUCAGAAAAAGGUGAUUUCAGUCAAUUCCGCCGUACUGGAUCCGGGGAUGGAGGGUGUAAACUGUUUGCAAAACUCGUCGUUGAUUUCGUCUGUUAGCACAAACGCUUCAUCGCCUGGUGUAUUCGGUGAGAAAAGCUUCGGCAGUGAUGCUGCCACUGCUGAUUUGCCAGGUGAUCAUGGCGGUGACGUCACUAGGCACGUUUUCACGCCUUCCUCGGUUGUGACUUCAAGCGCGACCACAGCGACACAGAAUCAAUCGGCGUCGUUAUCGCCAUCGUCGUCGGCUUCUUUACUGAAUGGUAAAGCCGAUAGCAUUACUGGCAGUGGUGGUGCUUCUGGUGGAGGUGGUUGUAGUGGUAGUAACACAACCGAUAGCGUAUGUAACUUCGCUGUCGCGCGCGGUGCCUCCAACACUAGUUCCGACAGUUUGUCUGGCGCGCCCGUCGGUGGUGGAAGUCGUAAUAGCAGCUUUGCAGGUGGCAGUGGCAAAAAGCCUUGCUCCAGCAGUCGUAAACAACAGAAGAAUGAAACUAAUUUGGUGCUGAAAAAACAUGAAAUGUCGUCGCGCGCGGCUCUAAUCAAAACACGCUUAUUCAAGGAUACUUCAACGGCAGUAUCCUCGCGUAGUGUCGGCGGUAGUGUGCAGAAUUUGGAUGUUGAGAACGAGUGCGAGAAUCAGGAAAACAAGCGUCCCAUUCGAGCUAAUAACCACCGAGCACGUGCGAUUGGUGGUGGCGGCAACGGGGUCAGUGCUAGUGUUGGUAAUUUAAGUUUUACGAAGAAAUCCGCCACCCCGAACAAAUGGGACGCAGUGAUGAGUAAAAUUGCCGAAAAUAAGGCGGUGAUCAAGAAAAAUUUUAGUGAUGUGAAAUCGAAGAUCAGCUGUGGCAAAGCAGCAACGGCUGGCCUGUCGUCGCGACGCAUCGAUUCGCCGGCCUCGUUGAAAAGCCCUCCGUCGGAAUGUAACAGUGUCGGGGGCCGCAGCGUUGGAACGGGGCCAACGGCGGGUGCUAAGCGGACGGUGAAACGCACUCGGAAUCACAGCAAGGACAGCUCACAGAGUGACAUCAGUCUUACCGGUGGAUCCCCCAAAAUGCAGUUGAAACUCCCCAAUCUACGACCCGCAAAAAAGCGAGAUGUGCGCACAAUCAACUCGUCGUCCAGUGAUCUGGGGCCACCGUCGAAGAGCAGCACCGGCCAGCCUCAGCCGCAGCAGCAGCAGCAGCCUCAACAGCAGCCCCUACAGCAGCAACGAGCCAACCUUCGAACGCCGGCCGCGUUGCAGAAACGAAUAUCGGCAAACGUGACGAACGCUUCGGCACCGGGGGCACCGGAUCAGAUGAAAGGAUCACCGCCAUCGAGGCGCAACCUAAUCGCAAAACGAACGCUGUCAGCUGCCACAAAUGGUUCCACUACUGCACAGCAAGUGGUGAAAACGCCGCUGAAAGAUCACAAUCGCUUAGUUGGGCCCACGGCGACAGCCAAGCUUCACUCGCCAAAGCCCCAGCCGAAAGCGUUGCUGCGGCCAGCGGCGACGACCACGACGACGGCUCCGCCAAACUCAGCCGCCCCGAAUAGCCAUUCCCACCCCGGCAGCAAUGGGACGACCGUCAACCAUUCGGUGUUGAAGAAUGGUGCUAACAAUUUGCCACGUAAUGGAACGAUUAUCCUGGAUAAGAGCAGCUCUGCGCUCGCCGUCGGAGCAGAAGAUGCGGCACCGGCUGCGGAUGCCAAAUCAGUCAACGGAACCGGCGGCGGUACCGACCGGAAGGUGUCGUCGGUCGUCGAUUCGGUGCAGUCGCUCUCACCGAAGGUGGUUGGUGCAAAGACGACGGCAAAGAUGCCACCCGCCAGCGGCACUAACCGUAAUUUAGUCGAUAUUAGUUUGCUCAAUCAUGCCAACCGAGGCGUGGAAGCGCUGGGAGUUUUAGUACAAUAUUUAGUUUUUAAUCUGGAUGCCUUUUCCUGUCCCACGAUCAAGAAGUCCCAUCAGGAAGCCACCCAUGACCUGCUAGAGACCAAAUCAAUGCUCAACGAAGAACGCAGCACGUGCGAAUUGCUGAAACAGCAACUAGUCGAAACGACCGAACGGGAAGCGGAACUUCAGGAGCUGCACCGAUGUGAAAUCAAUAAAGUGGGGGCCUAUCUCAGUGAACAGCAGCAUUCGGCGGCCGACCGGAUUGCAGCUCUCGAGGCCCAACUGCUUCGCACCGAGCUGGAAGCGGACGACAAGCUGCGCACCACCGUCGAAGAGUUCGAAGCCAAACUGGCGGAACGUGACGCCGAACUGACCGACUCGAAGCAGCGUGAAGCGCAGCUGUUGCAGCGGAUAAACGACCUCAGUUGCACUGAAAAUGAACUGCGCGAGAAGGUGCACUCCAGUGAGUUAGAAUUCAGCGAACGGCUCCAGGCGGCCGCCAUGCGGGAACGUGAGCUUUCCGACCAGUUGAAACAAUUGACUCAUCAGCUACAGGAAAUGCGAAACGCUGCCGCAGACCGCGAGCAAGAGCUUGAGGAGAAGCUUAGUCUCACGCAGGAUGAGUGCAGCUUCCUCCGGCACAGCCGGAACUCUUCGGAGCCACCGCAAGGUACGGAGUCGCCGGGCCUAGAUCGAACCUUCUACCAGCGCAGUUCGCUGAACGGAGACCAAACUCCAGGCAACAACAAAUCGACCAGUAAUUUGAACCAGGCACAAGUUUUACACGAUGAAGUGGACAGCUUGCGCUGUGUGUUGGAUUUGAAGCAGCGGGAAAUUUCCGAACUACGUAAGCAAACACAGGAGUACGAACGGGAUGCCAAGGAGCUACCGGGAGCGUUGGUUAAAAUUUCCGCUCUCGAAUCACGGAUCGAGGACCUGCAGGUGCAACUGAAGACCAAAGCCGAGGAGGAGAAAGAACUCCAGCAUAGGCUGAAACUGCUCCAGGAUAACCUGAAGCAGGAAACCAAAGUCAAGAGCCGGCUUUCGCAGCACAACGAGGAGCUGCAGUGGAAACUGAAGCAAAAUUCGGAGAAAUUUUCGCACGUCUAUGCCGAGCUGUCGAAGAGCUACCAUGAGAAUUCCAGCUUCAUGACGGCAACCCGUGCCAGCCUCGAUCAGUCCGGAUCGUAUCACAACCAUACGGUCACCCACAACAGCACCAACCGGUCGACCGGGUCGGACAAAGUGUUCGAGAUGGACGAUAUUUCUCCACCGACUUCGCCCGUCAUCAAGGGUGUGGUGGAGAAGAGCGAUUCCGUGUCCUGGGUGCUGGAGAUGGACGACGAACCGCCGGAGAUUUCCGCUUCGCGAAUGGUACGCCGAGCGGGAUCCUUUCGCUCCGCUUAUGCUUCCACCGGAGGGCAAGAGUUAAAGCGACACAAAUGUGGUGCCACCGCUGGCUUGAGCCACACUUACAACGGUGGCGGCAUCCAGCAAUCCAGCUCGGUUGGUUCGAUCCUGAAGCAACAGGAUGGAUCACCGUCUAAGAAUUCCAGUUCGCCCAGCACACCAAGGCUUCGAUCGAAGUCAGUCAGCAUCAAAACGGCUGAACCGCCGAAGAAGAUUGUUCGAUCGAACUCGGGAGCUUCGUCAUCGACAGCUGCCGUUUCGAAGCCUAUCAAAAUGGCAGAACUUCCAAUGUCCUGGAAGGAUCCACCACUAUACAGUAGCUCCCCAUAUGCUCACAAACGGUUUCUCAAUGAACGAAUGAUGGAAAAUGGGGGCACCGGCAGCAAAUCGUUUGCUGGGUUUCGAGACGGAAAGGAUUUAUUUCUAGAGGAAACGGAGUUUUCAGGAGAAGUGGGACCGGACAGUCCGUUCAGCAGAAGUCGCACUAGCUCGUUCGGUGCCGGACCAGUGGAGGCGACACCCGAACAGCCACCGGCUGAGUUUUUUCAUCGGGAUAGAACCCCGAAUUUUAAAAUGAGUAAAGAAAACCGUGGUUUAAUAACAUGUGAUACGAAAGCGCUGACCGGUUCCGGCGGGGAGACGGCACCAGCGCACAAGAAGCGUCGGGAAUUUGCACGCAAUAAUCUUGCCGGAAAAAAGAACUGUUCAUUACCAAAGGAAGCGGCCGGUGAGGCGCUAGUGUCGGGUUCGAAUUCUGAGGAUGAGGCUUCAUCCUCUUCGUGCCUGUCGGAUGACAUUUCGUCGGCAGGCAGUGGACACAGCAGCAGCAGCAGUAGCAGUAGCAGCAGCAGCACUAGCACCAGCACCGGCAGUGGACCAACUUCGUCCGGAAGGGACCAGCAGGAGGAACAGUUGGUCGGAGGAGACGAUGAAGAGAAUGACAAAAGCGGUUCGGUGGGAGCCGCCUCCAACAGCCGGCGACGACGGUCCUCGAACGAUUCCCUCGAGGAUGUUCUGAUGCAGAAGAUCGUUGCCAGCCUGAACCGUGGCAUUUCCGGUGUGGGUAAUGACACACCGAUGGAGGUCAGCUGGUCCGAGGACGGUGACCCGUCCGAGUCGAUCGUAUGACAUGAUGAUGAUAGCUUUUAAAUCGUUCAAAAUGAUGGUAAUACGUAGUAAAGAUCAAAGUCGGGGAGUAAUACGGAGUGUAGGACAGUGAUAAUAAUAAUCACAGAUGAAAAUGUUUCCUUUUGGGGUCUUUAAAACCGGCUGGCGAUGAAAGGGCCCGCUUGGUGCGUCCUGAAGCGCCAGCAAAGACCUUUAAUUUUACAGAAUAUUUGUUUAUUAUUUUUUUACUUUAAGUGCAGUUACUCAGUUGUUGAUUGUAUAUUUUCUGUAUUUAUAUUUGAGAAAGAGAAAACAGAGGGAAUGAUUCAGUUGAAGAAAGUAAGGGAAAAAGGAGCGUUGUGAACAGAAAAGGAUUAUCGGAAUGCGUACGAGAUCUGCUAGUUUCAAUUUGUUCUUUUUUUAAAUGAAUGUCAAAAACAGUAUGAUUUUGUGUGUAUAAUCCAGUUUAAAACAAUAACGGUGUCUGGAAUGAUUAGUCAGUCACAGAGUUACAAACAAACGUUGAUAAUUUUGUGUCCUUGUAACUAUUAGCGAGAUAAAAGGAAAUAGAGGGAAUGAUGUGUUAUUAGUAGUGUAAGAAUAAUCCCACAGAAAUAUGUUUCUUGGUAGUUUCGAUCAUGCCGCUUUAAAAAGUCGGCUUUCGAAUGAUGCAAACAUUUGUCAUUUGAAGAAAAAAUAAAAAGAUAUUUAAUUGUUACUAGAAUUGUGUAAGAGAGAUUUAAACCAGACUGUAUAAAUUGUCGCAAAUAACCAGCAGAAUCAAAAGAAUCAACAGGUGCUUGACGCCUAUAUUCGUGCAAAGAAUUUAUGCUAACCAGCCAACUUAAUGGGAAACACAGAUUGUAGUAGAAACUUUAAGACAUGUAUAUUUUGAAACAAAAAAAAAACUCUAAAAUUUGUUCUUAUUACCCCAUCAAGAUUUUCUGCAUUAUUACUCGAUUGCAAUUUAAGCUAAUCAGUCUAAACACUAUCGGAUCAAAUAAAAGAAAAAACAGUAGUGAAUAGUAGAUGUUAACGAAAUCUUUAUUGGAAUCUUUGACGAGGGAAUAAUAACCCCAAAAGGGCAUGGAAAAGAAUCAAUUCUAUCAAAGACAUGUUUUCUAUACCUGAACAUUGAGAUCAAUUUAAUUGCGUUGGAGUGAGCCGUUCAUCCAGUAGAGAUAUUGAUUUUGAUUCGCAGAAAGCGCACCCGUUUUGAGGCUUUUGCUCACCCUUACCAGGAAGAAACAUUGCGCCAACCGCCACGCCGCCGCCGCCGUCGUCGCUGUUGUGACAAAACUUAGGCAGGAAACUAGCAGAGGAUUAAUACCUACGAAAGAAUACGAUUUGAUAAUUGAUUGAACCUACCUACUCUAAUAUUGUUUGUUUGAAGGCAGUUUUGUGCCGUUCUUUAAUGGUGUACGAUAAUAUUGGCAGCAGUGAGGAUAUCGGAGAGUAUAAAACUAAAAGCAAACAAAGUAAAAUGAUUCAGCUAAGCUAUGUCUACUACCCUUUAUGUACGAUGAUGAUGAUAAUGAUGAUGAAGAUGUUAAAUGCAAUUGAAGAUGAUUAAAAGAACGGUGAGCAGAUACAGUA